AGAGAAGAGAAGAAGCUGUGCCCCCCAACAGUGUCCUGACAAUGGCAGUGAAUGGUUGCGCACCGCGGUCACUGGGACAGUCAAAGCACACCGCCCCCUUUCUAACGGGCACGUCAUCCUCCUAACUAGGCGUUAUGAAUAGGAAAGCCGCUUUUGUCUGCCCGCAUGUAUAAAUACCCACAAUCAGUGUCCUCCUCACCGCAGAGACACACGGAGAGAGAAAGGCGGCAGACACAGAGGAGAAGUGGUCACCGAUGUGAUAAGAGUGUGAGACAGACGGGAUACAGACAAAAUCAGGUGACCAGAGAGGCUCCAGAAAGUGAGAAGGGACAGAGUAAAAAGGGAGAGAGAGAGGAGAUAGUGAAAGUGAGAGAGAGAGAGAGAGAGAGGGAGGAAGCCAGCAGCGACCUCCUACCCAGCAACCUCGGAAGCGAACCCAUAAAAUGAAUUCAGAUUCCAGCCCGAGCAGCAGAGCCUCUUCCCCGGACAUGGACGGCAUGUUUCUCCGAGACCACCACCCGCACCACCAUCACCACCACCACCACCACGUCGGCUCCUCCGUGUCCUCCUCCACGCAGGGCGGUGAGCAGCAGCGCCUGAAGAUGACCGGGGGCGAGCACCUGCGGUCUGGAGACCCCAAGUCUGUGGGAAGCAGCAGCAGCAGCAGCAGCAGCAGCAGCAACAGCAACAAGUACAAACUGAAGAAGCAAGUCACCGAGGAGGAAAUGUACCAGCUCCGUCUCAAGAUUAACGGCCGGGAGCGGAAGCGCAUGCACGACCUCAACCUGGCCAUGGACGGCCUGCGCGAGGUGAUGCCCUACGCGCACGGGCCCUCGGUGCGGAAGUUGUCCAAGAUAGCCACGCUGCUUCUGGCCAGGAACUACAUCCUGAUGCUCACCAGCUCCUUGGACGAGAUGAAGCGGCUGGUGGGGGAGAUUUACGGAGGGCAGCACUCGGCCUUCCACUGCGGCACCGUGGCGCACGCCCCCGGCGCCGGUGGACACUCCGGAGGACCGGCCGCUGCAGCCGCAGCAGCAGCCGCCGCCGCCGCCGCGCACCAGGUGCAUCCUCUCCUCGGGAGCGCGCUGUCUUCCUCCACGUCCUCCACUCUGACGAGCGCGCUGCCGGGGCUCACGUCUAUCCGAGCACCCCACUCCCUGAUGAAGGGCUCCCCGGCUGCGCCCCCGGCCCUGCAGCUGGGCUCCGGCUUCCAGCACUGGGCCGGACUGCCGUGUCCCUGCACCAUCUGCCAGGUGCCUCCUCCUCCACACAUCCCCAUCACCUCCACCGGCCUCACGAGACUCACAGGGGAGGGCAAGGACGGGAUGAAAUGAUGCCCGGUCUGUGUGACAGACACGUAGAGACUGAGAGAUGUGAUGAUGUUUGUAAAUAGAGAAUUCAGGGCAUGAGGGUGAAUUUGGCCUCACUGGUGCAUGCUGUUGUUUAGUCUGUUUUCUUGUUUGGCGUAUGAGAAAAAAAGUGUUAUUUUCCUCCUUGUAACAAGGACUUAUAAAGACUGAUGAUUUUGCCAAUUGAAGGUAAAAAAGUUCUGUGUCAUGCAACAAGAUGCCACGAUCCACUUGUGUUUGACUUUUUUUUGUCUCACACCAAAAUGUGAAAGGUGACUGAGGUUGCAUGAACAUUUUGAUUUAAUUUUAAAUUUUUUUGUAUCAGGCGUCAUUUUGUGAAAACGAAGAAUGCUCUCUGUGCCUUGUACCAAGGAUUUUAAACUUGAGUUCUAUAUGAAAAUAAUGACAUUUAUGUAUUUGGCUAAAUGAUUCUGCCAUCGCGGAAAUUUGUUUAAAAAUCUAAGUUUUAGAUUUAUUUUUAUGUCGUGGCUCAUUGUUUGUCCAUUUGUGCUCUCAUUUCCUGUUUUUAUUUUUGUUUUUAUUUUUUUAUUUUUUGCAUGGUGGUAUAAUUAUCACAGCAUGAUUGUUUUUGCUGAACUGAAUUUGUUAUGCCCAGAGACCCCGUGUCUUUAUUUUUGUACAUUGUUGAUGACUGAUAAAAUAUUUAUUAUCGCCCAGCGUCACUGGAUGAAAUUUCAAUAAAACUGAAAUUAUCGAUCAU